AUGUUUCCAAAACGUCUGUUUAAACUCUGUAAGCCGAGUCUUCAAAACGGACAAUAGAUUAGUUGUAGAAACUUCAAUUCUAAUUUUAGUUAUCAGACAGAACUUAUAGAACUAUCCGGUACAAAGUAUGUUAAAUUUAGCCUUUCUUCUUGCUGUAAUGUAAGAUCAAUAAGAGAUGAUCCUUAUUGGACCUCCAGGGAGAACAGUUUAGAACUGAUAGAGCUAUCCAGUAUAAAUAAAGUUAGUUUGGUUUAGGUUUCCUCCUGUAGUAACACUGGAUCAAUAAGACUGGAUAAUUCUCACUGGAUCUCUAGGAAGAACAGUUUAGAACUGAUAGAGCUAUCCAGUAUAAAUAAAGUUAGUUUAGUUUAGGUUUCCUCCUGUAGUAACACUGGAUCAAUAAGAGAUGAUUCUCACUGGACCUCUAGGAAGAACAGUUUAGAACUGAAUACAACUGAUAGAGUUAUCCAGUAUAAAUAAAGUUAAUCUACCAAUUUAGUUAAAUGUUCAUUUUCUCUCUUUAUAUUCCAGGUUAUGCUGUCCCUAUAACUGGCUAGUGGUUCCACGAGUAGAUUUACAUGAUAUUCUAGAUUUCGUUUGUCCCACAUCAAAAUUGAUUGUGAAACAAGUGAACUACAACACGAGAAUAGCAGAGACUAUGAACUUUAAUCUUUUUCGACGAGAGUGGACCGGGAGUAUACGAGAUUUACAAACUGAAUCAAUAAGAGAUGACUCUUACUGGACCUCUAGGAAGAACAGUUUAGAACUGAUAGAACUAUCCAGUAUAAAUGAAGUUAGUUUAGUUAAGUUUCCUCCUGUAGUAACACUGAAUCAGUAAGAGAUGACUCUUACUGGACCUCUAGGAAGAAGAGUUUAGAAUUGAUAAAGCUAUCCAGUAUAAAUAAAGUUAGUUUAUUUAGUUUAAGGUUAAUAACAUUUAAAACAUUUCUUUCAGGCAACGGAAAUGGCCUGGUUUCAUCUCUGGACAGCAAAGAAGCAAAAUGCAAUAUGCUAUUCGCAGUUCAUACUGUAAAGAGAGAACAGCGUGAAUUCGCUAUUACUUACGGCAAACAAGGUAUGCUUAAAUUUUGUUUUGAACACAGAAGGGAGGGUUGGCCAUUGUUAGAAUAUCUUGGCAAUUCAGCUGACAAGAGGCGGAAUUCCCUUCAUGCUAGUGUAAACAAAAGACAAACUAUCCAGAUGAACUAGCUACGUAGAACAGAGUGCAUGAUCUAUACUCGCAAUGGUUCUGGGUACAAAUCAUCUCUGAUAUUGUACUGACAGUUUAUCUAAUGCUGCAUUUAUACGCAUAGCUACAGGUUCAUCUAAGAAAACUAGAAUGUCUUUGAAAACACUUCUUUGCCCAAAUUUGAUUCGAAAAGUGGAACUUUUAUUUGUCAGGAAAUGAUCACAUGUGAAAAUAAAAUAUUUGCAUUUUUUGUCUCAACAUCAUACGCUGCAAUACAAACAUGUGCGCAGACUAUAGUUUAAAUGGCGAGAUAUUAUAUUCUAAUUUUCUGAGAUACAUGGACCAGAGUGCAGAUGGGCCAUCCAUCGAGACAUGCGCACACAAGUUUGGUUAAGUAGCCCAAGUCCGUUUCGGUGCGGGGGCAUUUGGCCAACAGACACUUGGCCGACAGGAUCUUUCAACGACAAGAUAAAUAGCUGACAGGACAUGCAUUUAGCCGACAAGACAUUAGGCCGACAAGACAUUAGGCCGACAAGACAUUAGGCCGACAGGGCAAUUCACCAACAUUUCGAUUAUUUGAAACAACGUCUUGAAAUAACAUUUAUUGUACCUCCCACGCAUAUUUACAAGCUAUGUUCAAUAGCACGUAUGGUCUAAAAAGCUGCCGGUGUCCAAAUCACUCACAAUCGCUUUGAGUCCUAAAUUCAGCGUUUGGAAAAUUUCUUCAAUGGGCCGAAGGAGAAUCGCGCAGAGAUUUGCUGCAAUAAAAGUUCAUUAUUGCCUUGCUCCUUCCUGAUCUUGGUCAAGUCUCCGGAUAGUGGGACGAGUGACGCCAACGCGUUGUCGAAGACAUAAUGCCAACCUUCUAUGGAGGUAUUCGUACGCGGUAAAUCAUUCUCAACAAGGUCGUGUUCUUUCCAUACAUCGAUAUCGAAAAGAGACAGGCGUCUGUUGCAUGCAUAACUCAUCCAAUGAGUCAUCAUUUGAAAAUAAACUUGAAAUAAAAAAUCUUGUCGGUGAGUUGUCCUGUCAGCCUAAUGACUUAUCGGCCAAUGUCCUGUCGGCUAAAUGUCUGUCGGUGAAAGGUCCUGUCGAUCAAACGUCUGUCGGUCUGGUGUCUGUCGGCCAAACGUCCGGUCACGGUUCGUUUCAGCUGUGUCAUCUAGUAUAAAGUCGGGUGAAAGUCCUUAACAUUUCAUAUCCUUCUUAAUUUCCAGCCGUACCAAGUAAAUGCGAAUGCAACACCUCGAUGAAGCCAACACUAGACCCCACGACAACCAUGACCACGCCACAGGAGCCUAGCACCACUACCCAUCCACCCACCGCUGUUCAAUCACCCACAACUACGGAGGAGACGACCACAACUAGGGAGGAGAUGACCACUCCCGUCACCCCUUCCACGGCUGCUACGAGUAAAAAGCAUACGACGAAAAAAGAAAUAAGUAAUACUCUGAAAAAUAUCGAAACACUUAAAACAACGAAGCCUACAGGUAACGAGACAGUUUAGAACUGACAAAGCUAUCUAGUAUAAAUAAAGUUAGUUUAGUUUAGGUUUCCUCCUGUAGUAACACUGGAUCAAUAAGAGAUGAUCAUUACUGGACCUCUAGGAAGAACAGUUUAGAACUGAUAGAACUAUCCAGUAUAAAUAAAGUUAGUUUAGUUUAGGUUUCCUCCUGUAGUAACACUGGAUCAAUAAGAGAUGAUCCUUACUGGACCUCUAGGAAGAACAGUUUAUAACUGAUAGAGCUAUCCUGUAUAAAUAAAGUUAGUUUAGUUUAGGUUUCCUCCUGUGGUAACACUGGAUCAAUAAGAGAUGAUCCUUACUAAACCUCUAGAAAGAACAGUUUAGAACUGAUAGAGCUAUCCAGUAUAAAUAAAGUUAGUUUAGUUUAGGUUUCCUCCUGCAGUAACACUGGAUCAAUAAGAAAUGAUCCUUACUGGACCUCUAGGAAGAACAGUUCAGAACUGAUAGAGCUAUCCAGUAUAAAUAAAGUUAGUUUAGUUUAGGUUUCUUCCUGUAGUAACACUGGAUCAAUAAGAGAUGAUCCUUACUGGAUCUCUAGCAAGAACAGUUUAGAACUGAUAGAGCUAUCCAGUAUAAAGUUAGUUUAGUUUAGGCUUCCCCCUGCAGUAACACUGCAUGGAUCAAUAAGAGAUGAUUCUUACUGAACCUCUAGGAAGAAGGUUAGCAGGUUGAUACACGAGACCUUGAUAUUCAUAUAAGAACUUGUGGUUAGAGCUUGACAACUGUCUCUCUGUAGCUCAGUUGGUAAGAGCUCGACAACUGUCUCUCUGUAGCUCAGUUGGUUAGAACUCGACAACUGUCUCUCUGUAGCUCAGUUGGUUAGAGCUCAACAACCGUCUCUCUGUAGCUCAGUUGGUUAGAGCUAGACAACUGUCUCUCUCUAGCUCAGUUGGUUAGAACUCGACAACUGUCUCUUUGUAGCUCAGUUGGUUAGAGCUCAACAACGGUCUCUCUGUAGCUCAGUUGGUUAGAGCUUGACAACUGUCUCUCUGUAGCUCAGUUGGUUAGAGCUCGACAACUGUCUCUCUGUGGCUCAGUUGGUUAGAACUCGACAACUGUCUCUUUGUAGCUCAGUUGGUUAGAGCUCAACAACGGUCUCUCUGUGGCUCAGUUGGUUAGAGCCGGUGUCUGUGGCUCAGUUGGUUUGAAAUCUCAAACAACAAAAUCCUUCUUCGAUUUCUCUAGAUCCUUAUGACAUGAACCACGGCGAUUUCGCUCAUCGACAACUGCAACCAGGCACACCAGAUGGUACCAUUUCAGAAUGUACGUAUCCUCAAUGAAUGAUUCCAGCUAUACACGAAUUUUUUUAUCUGGACAAGAAGAACGCAAUCCAUUACCAUAGCUGGAAAGAGCAUCUUAAAAUGAGUAAAACUGCAAAGUUUGGUUGCGAAAUGUUGUAAAAUGAGGAAAAUAUAGCCCUGUGAAGUUCGCAAAUAUUGUAUAUAUUUGCAUUACGCGCGGGAAAAAUAACCAUUUUUGAGCCGAAAGUGGUUAUUUUUACCGCGCGUAAUGCAAGUAUAUACAAAAUUUGCGAAAUUCACAGGGCUAUAUUUUCUUCAUUUUACAACAUUUAGCAACCAAUCUUUGCAGUUUUACUCAUUCGAAGACGCUCUUUCUAGCUGUGGUGUUGGAUUUCAUUCUUCUUGCCUUGAUCAAAAUUUAGUCUGUAGCUAAAAUCACCCAUUUCUCACUUGAUUUCUUGGAACAAUUUGGAGCUUCUAUGAAAUAUGUUACUAAAUUGUAUUUUAUUUCUAUUCACUUCCAGGUAUAAGUAAUGUAUGA